AUGGUUGAUGUACUGGGCAUAUGCAAUGAGCUUGUUGGCCGGGACAAGUUGGACGGCACGGUCGAAUGCCCAUUUGGCAACGCGAAAGCGCUUCUAAACGAGAUGGAGGUAGAUCAGGAUUUCAUGAACCGAAUUCUCAAAGCUGCCCUUGGCUCAAAUGGCCAAUUCACUGUUGGCUUAGACACCGGAGCGGAAGAGUAUGUUCCUCGAGCAGCUCGCAUCUACAUUCCGAGAAACCUGGAACAAGCCAAUACCGUUUAG